CAUUGGAUAGUUUUUUAUACAGUGCAUUUUUGUACUAUAUAUCACUGGCUUCUAGCUAUCCGAGUCUUUUAGAUUCUAAAGCUGCCACGCCCUCAUGAAGGAAACACUUAGAUACUUAGCAGGCAUAGCAGGGCCAAGUGGUUAUGGCUCAAGAUCAACCGCCGAACAAGUUACUGAAGAUUUUUCUUCCUUGCUUUCGACUCCUCUCACUGCUAUAAUCACUGGGGCGACUUCUGGUAUUGGAGCUGAAACAGCAAGAGUUUUAGCUAAGAGAGGAGUGAGAGUUGUGAUGCCGGCGAGGGACCUGAGAAGGGCAGUUGAAGUGAAGGAGGCGAUUCUAAAAGAGAGUCCAGAAGCUGAGAUUAUAUUGUUUGAGAUUGAUCUAAGUUCAUUGGCUUCUGUUCAGAGAUUUUGUCAGGAGUUUCUAGCUCUAGGACUUCCCCUUAACAUCCUUAUAAACAACGCUGGGAUAUAUUCUAAGAAUUUGGAGUUCUCAGAAGACAAAAUCGAAAUGACAUUUGCUACAAAUUACUUGGGACAUUUCUUGUUGACAGAAAUGCUACUAGAGAAAAUGAUAGAAACAGCUGACCAAACAGGUGUCCAAGGAAGAAUUAUCAAUCUCUCUUCAGUAAUUCAUACUUGGGUGAAGGCUGAUGAUUUCUGCUUCGCUCGAAUGCUCAAUCCAAACAAUUAUAAUGGCACACGAGCAUAUGCCCAAUCCAAAUUGGCUAAUAUAUUGCAUGCCAAGGAAAUCAACAGGCAGCUUCAGGCAAGGAAGGCAAGAGUAUCCAUCAAUGCAGUACAUCCAGGCAUUGUAAAGACUGGAAUAAUAAGAGCUCAUAAGGGGUUCAUUACAGAUUCUCUGUUUUUCAUUGCUUCCAAGUUACUAAAAUCUACAAGUCAGGGUGCAUCAACCACAUGCUAUGCCGCUUUGAGCCCACAAACAGAAGGUGUCAGUGGGAAAUACUUUUCAGACUGUAAUGAAACCAACACUUCACCCUUGGCAAAUGAUGAAUCUGAGGCGCAAAGGCUGUGCAAGCAGACCCGUGCGCUCGUUCACAGACGAUUGCGUUAACCACCACCACAUAUAACCACUAAAGCGUGUCCCAGUCUCAUCUUAUAAAUAUGUAAAAAGUAAAACUUUUUAAAUGUGAUGUAUAUAGGCAUAAAAGCAUAUGUAUUUGUACAGCAAGUAAAAAUAGGCAAGUCUGUCAAGAAGUAUUUGCCAAUAAAGGGACACACAAUCCGCCAUUCUGUUAAUCAAAUAUAAGUUUUAUCGCCAUUCUGUUAA